GUCGCUAUCCACUCGGUCACCACGCCAACCCCGACAACAGCCCUCGUGGUGUUCAAACUAAAGAUCCCGGCUUUCUACUCCAAUACACUCGGAAACCUGCAUGGGGCUGCCCACUCCCUGCUCUACGAUAACUGUACCAGUAUGGCGUUAGUCGCAGUGUCCAAGCCAGGGUUCUGGAUGUUGGCGGGCGUGAGUAGGGUGUUGGAUGUCAAGUAUGUGAGAGCGGUCAAGGUGGGUGAGGAAGUUACGGUCGAGUGUGAGGUUGUGCAUGUGGGAAGGCAGCAGGUGGCGUUGAGGGGCGUGGUUAGGGAUGCGAGGGGGAGGGUGUGUAGUACGUGUGAGCAUGACAAGACGAAUAUUGACCCCCCUGUGGAGGGGAACAAGGGCAAGGCGAAGAUAUAG